CAUUUGAGAAGUCUGUUACCAAAGGUAAUCCUCCGUCGCCUCCUCGCAGUAAUUUCAUAUUCAUCCCCUCACGCGCAUUGUUCUGUUUUGGGAGGGAUUGCCAAUACCGCAGGGUUCUGUCAUGCCGUGUAGGACCGGUAUUUGCCAAAAGUUGCUGGCGGAUGAUGGGAGGCACAAGUGAUUGUUAUAUACACUUCCGGCCCUACACAGUAAGGUACACGACUCCCUCUUCAGCGGAAUGCGGCAUCGGCCCCUUGGUAUCCAUACUGUUAGUCCAUUGUUUCGUGGAUACAUAUUGUUUAGGACAUGAUGAGUCUGCCGCGGUAAAGGGGAGGACUUCUGAUUCCAGCUCUGACGUCAUCGAUCUGAGUUCGUGACCGCACCUGCGUUUCCAGGGUGCGGAGCGGGUACGGAUCUACAACUCCCUUGAUACCAUUAUACCGUACAUACAUACGCGGGACAUUAAAUAUCCCUCGAUGCCCAUUUAUACAUACAACCGGGAAAGGCGCCAACAGAGUCCUCGCAUCCGUGAAAACACAAUGCAGAAUUCAGUGCCACCAAGAGGGACGCCAGGUGGGCGAGAUUUGACUGCUAUGCGUACAUCCACGGGGUAUAUGCCGAUUGACGACUAUGGGCUCAUUGGGAACAUGAGAACAUGUGCUUUGGUGGCGACGGAUGGAGGCAUUGAUUUUAUGUGCUGGCCCUACUUCGACUCUCCGUCAGUCUUCUGCCGCAUCUUGGACAAGGACAAGGGCGGCCAUUUCACCAUCAGCCCCGGCGAACCAGAGCUCUGUACAACCAAGCAACAUUACCUUCCCGCAAGUAAUAUCUUGGAAACGCGAUAUCUAAAGGAGGAGGGUGUCAUGAACGUGGUCGACUUUUUCCCACGACCAAACAACAAGGCCUUGGACGCCGAAUACCACGCCAACGUGCUUGCCAGCGACUUUACAGGCACCGUCCCGGACCGCCCCGAUUUGAAGAAAUGGUUGGUGCGAAGAGUCGAGUGUUUGCGCGGCCAGGUGGACGUAGACAUUGAAGUGCUCCCAGCCUUCAAUUAUGCUCAGGACAAGCACACCACAGAGGUGUGCAAAGAAGGAGCCGUGUUCCGAUCUGCAAACCUAUCUUUGCAGCUUAAUGCGACAAUCGACUGUGGCGACGAAGAAGAACAGAUGACUUGCCCGGUGGUUAUUUUUCAGCGAGCUUCCCUGGGUUCACCACUCGGUGAUGGCAUCACGGCAAACUUCCGCCUCUAUGAAGGGCAGGCCGUUUCCUUUAUCCUCCGAGAUGCGGGGGAAGACGACAUCGAGCAGAUCAACACCGCACUGCUGGAUGAACUCCAGCUUAGUACGCAGAAGUAUUGGAGCAGAUGGAUUAGUCAAAGCAAAUAUAGGGGUCGAUGGGAGGAAGUAGUGACGAGGAGUUUGUUUUUACUCAAGCUGCUUACCUUCGAACCCACAGGAGCCAUUUGUGCCGCACCUACCUUUUCCUUGCCCGAAAGGAUCGGAGGCGCACGCAACUGGGACUACCGCUACUCGUGGGUGAGAGACGCAUCCUUCACUAUCUACAUUCUCCUCCGCCUCGGGUUCAGUGUCGAGGCAGAGGCGUAUACGAGUUUCAUGUUUCAGCGCGUGAAGGAAGUGAAGAAGAAACACGGCGCACUGCCUAUCAUGUUUACCAUCUGGGGUGGAACCGACAUUCCAGAAGUCGAGCUUAACCACUUGGACGGCUACCGAGGCAGCCGGCCCGUCAGGAUCGGAAACGGCGCCGCUUUCCAUACGCAGCUGGACAUCUACGGCGAACUGAUGGACGGAAUCUAUCUCGCCAACCGAUUUGGCAAGCCGAUCACGUAUGACCAGUGGCUCCUUAUUCGCGAAAUUGCGGACCACGUCUGUCGCAUCUGGAAGGAGGAAGACAUGUCCAUUUGGGAGGUGCGCAGCGCGAAACAGAAUUUCGUCUAUUCCAAGAUCAUGCUCUGGGUCGCUAUCGACAGGGCGCUGCGGUUGGCGGACAAGAGGAGUUUUCCCUGUCCGAACCGUGCGGAGUGGUACCGGAUCCGCGACCAGAUAUGCGAAGAGGUCAUGGAAAAGGGGUAUAAUACAAAGAUGGAAUGCUUUGUUCAGAGCUAUGAGUCAAACACCGUUGUAGACUCGGCUGUGCUGAUCGCACCGUUGGUCUUCUUCAUCGCGCCCACCGAUCCACGCUUCCUGAAGACGUUGGAUCGCAUACUACGACCGCCGGAGAAAGGAGGCCUUACCAGCACGGGGCUCGUGUAUCGAUACAAUAGCGAAAGCAUCGAUGAUGGCGUGGGCGGCUUGGAAGGCGCCUUCAGUCUGUGCACUUUCUGGCUUGUUGAGGCGUUGACAAGAGCCGGCGGUUAUGAGCCAAAGUACCUCAGGCAAGCCCUGACGAUUUUCGAGAACGCGCUCAGCUUUGGUAAUCAUCUGCACAUCUUCUCCGAGGAGAUUGCGCGGUCGGGCGAGCAGUUGGGGAAUACGCCUCAGGCGUUCAGUCAUUUGGCGUUGAUAUCCGCUGCGUUCAACUUGAAUCGGACUCUGGAUAAUGCCGAUAGAAGGUAGAGAUAUGCGACUAGUCGUUGGUCAUAUGCUAUCUUAGAGCUUAGUACGUCCAAGUAUAUGUUAGGUACUGGAUAGUAUCUUAAAUCUAGGGUAGGCUUUGCUGCAGCAUCGAGAGAACCCUUGGAACGACGUCCGCCACGUUCCAUAUCCCAUUGUUUGUCGUUACGGCACUGGCUGGCAACUUUCAAUAUGUACAUUUGCAAAGACAACCUUGUUCCAUGCAUCUCCUCUUCCCCACUGGAUUCGGCACUCAUACCCAUCUGCCGGCGUGUGGGGAAGUGG